AUGGAAGUUCAAGUGGAGAGUGCAAAUGCUGACAUGUUGCCCAAGUCCUGCUAUGUGAGUGUGCGCGUGGGCGAAGUGCUCAAGCAAGGCAGGUACGAGCCGAAAAGAGCGUACACCUUUCCAGCCAUCGAUCAUCGCCGAGACGUUCGCAUAGACGUCUACCAACACGUUGGCAGCUGCCUCCUGUCCGCGGAGCCCGACAGCGCCUCCGUCCACGACGUGUUUGCCACCAGCACCCACCCGGAUUUCCCGGCCAUGAAGUUCAAGGUGAGCAUGUCCACCCGGUCCGAGGAGGUCCACAAGUCCAAGACCGAUCGGGCUGCCAAGAUGAAGGGCAGGGCCAAGGAGUACUUGGGUAGGCACCGAAUCGAAGAAAAGCUGUCAGAAGCUGUCAAGGCGCUGCUGAAGGAGCAGCCUGCUGACGCUGUCGAUUUCGUGUGCAAGUACCUGGCCGGCACCAAGAAAGACGCGGAUAAGUCGGACAAGCAGCUCCCUCCUUUAGCCUCCGGUAGCACCAAAGCUAGCUCUCGGCCGCUGCAGAAGGACAAGGAGCCAGAGAAGCCCGGCGAAGAAUCUUUCGUCAGCAUUGACGGGACCGCUCCUGUGGAAGCUGAUGCCAGAGAGGACCCGCGCAACGAUUUGCCGGCUGUCCGGUCACAGGUUUGCCAGCUUCUGGUCGAGGCCGCUGACAAUGGCCAGCUCGAGUCGGCCCUGAAGGAUGCCAAGACCGACCCCGGAGAGGCCGUGCAGAAGAACGACGAAGUUCGGCUCAAGGUGGCCAGCUUGCUGAUGUCUGCCUCCGAGAAUGGGGACCUGCUCAAGGCCCUCACUGAGAUCAAGGAGAGCAAGAGCAGCGACCAGAACCCCCACAUGAGCAAGGACGAGGCCCGUGAAAGAGCAGCAGGCUUACUCGUCGAGGCUGCGGAGAGCGGAAAGUUGGAGAAGGCCUUGAGCGAGCUCAAGGCUCCGACCGAGGAGCUCACCGCCCAGGUGGCACUCACAGAGGUCAAGCAAAGCGGACAGCUGGAGGAGGCGACCAAGGCCGUUGACACUCCUUUCCAGCUCCGCCCAUCGUGCGCAACGUGGAUACUGCCCCUACCGUACCUACCAGAGGCCUUGGACGCAAAGAGCCCGGCGCCAUCCAAGCCUGAUCCUGAAACCAAUGCCGGGUAG